AUGGCUACCGAGCUUCUUCAAAUCGAUUCCCCCGAACUCCGAUUCGUCUUUGAAUUGAAGAAACAAAGCUCAGCUUUGGUUCAACUUGGGAACAACACUGAUCAUUAUAUUGCGUUUAAGGUAAAAACAACUUCACCGAAGAAAUAUUGCGUCAGGCCCAACAUUGGCAUAGUCAAGCCCAAUGAAAAAUGUGACUUUACUGUUACUAUGCAAGCUCAGCGCAUUGCACCGCCUGAUAUGCACUGCAAAGACAAAUUUCUGAUUCAGAGCACUGUCGUCCCGUUUGGAACCACUGAAGCUGACAUCACAUAUGAUAUGUUUGCAAAAGACAGUGGGAAAUUUAUUGAGGAGAAGAAACUAAGGGUAGUCCUCAUCAGCCCAACAUCUUCUCCGGUGUUGCUUCCAGUAAAUGGUUAUAUGAAGCAAGACCCAUCCUACGAAAUUGAUGCGCAAAAAGAUAGGGUGCCCAGUGGAGUUGAAAACAUACCUCCCCUUCGCACAGUUUCUGAGGAAGUUAAAGGUUUGGAACCAAUCCAGCAUGAGAAGGAGGAUAGAGCAGAAGGGGACAUUGUCCCAAGACAAACUGAGAAUGUGGUUGACACGAAGCCAGCGAAAGACGACGUGCAGAUGAAUUUAGUUAACGAAUCUGAGGAAUUGAAGUCAAAGCUUAGUACAAUGGAUUCAAAGCUAAGAGAGGCUGCGCUAACCAUCACUAAUCUGAAUGAGGAGAGGCGCAGGAACAUGGAAGAAAAAGAUUUGCUGAAGAAAGAGUUGGAGGUGUUGAAGAGGGCAUUGAAUACCAAAGGAACUCAGGGUGGGUUUCCAUUUCUAUUUGUUUGCAUGGUUGCUCUGGUUAGCGUGGCAGUUGGAUAUUAUAUUCAUCCUUGA